CUGACGAAUUAGUUAGAGCAUAGGGACGGAGUUAAGAAAGAAAGAAAGAAGGAAGGGGGGUUGAAUUGGAGGGCUGAGGGAAAUUUGUAAAGGAUUAAUGGCUUCCAAGGCAAUGGCGGUCGCAGCAGAAAAAAUUGGAACGGCGUUCCGACGUCAAGCCGUGACCCUAACCGAUGCUGCUGCCUUGCGAAUACGCUACUUGCUACAGCAGCGUCAGAGGCCGUUCCUGAAGCUUGGUGUCAAGGCUCGCGGUUGUAAUGGCUUGACAUACACCCUGAAUUACGCAGAUGAAAAGGGGAAAUUUGAUGAGUUGGUUGAGGAUAAGGGUGUGAAGAUAUUGAUUGAUCCAAGGGCUCUCAUGCAUGUUAUUGGGACUAAAAUGGAUUUUGUAGAUGACAAGCUAAGAUCUGAGUUCAUUUUUAUAAAUCCAAACUCUAAAGGUCAGUGUGGUUGCGGUGAAUCUUUUAUGACGACAGCCAGUUCUGGAGCUGCUAAGCCAGGAAAUAGUUGAAAGUGCUAUGUAACGUCAGGGUUGAUCCACGCUUAUGAAGCCACUCUUUCAUGACAAGUUUGUUGAACAUAAAGCUAAUUACGUUUUUUUUUUAUACGAAGGAAAAAAAGGCUAAUUGCUUUCUGUAAUUUUGUCAGAGAAUAAGGAAAUUGAAGGCUUAUGCACUUAAGAACAGGACGCAGACAUGGCUUCAUUGUUUCAGUAUACAGAUACAUAGUCCUCUGAACAUUGUGCUGAUAAGGCUUAGUGCAGCAGUUUUGUACUAUCAUGUAAUUCGUUUAUGUGAUUCUGAUUGUUAAUGUAAAGUUUUUUUUUUUUUUUGGGAUUAUGAAACAUGGUAUAAUAUGUAGCCAAGUUAUGAAAAUAAUUUAAACUA